UCACAAUAUAAAGACUUGGAGCCAUGCAGGUGUCACAAGAUCAGUGCACCCAGGGCUUCCUGCUAAGCACAGCCAGGAGCCUGAUUUGAGCAGCCCUGAUGGAGCAUUUCAGGCGAGGGGUGGAGUUUGGGAUGGCCUCCUUCCAGAGAUGCCAUCCACUGUCAUGUCAAAUGGCAGAGAGCGCACCGCUCGAUGCGCAGAAGCCGGAUAUCCGCUGUAAAGAGAAGUCACGGCAUUCUAAGUGCUGCCACCUCGAAGAGAUGCCAGUCAUCCCUGAGCAGGCCAUGGAGUUCCUCUCUCGGACAUGGAGCCCCUCCUCCUCGGAUCUCUUCCAAAUACUCUCCCCCAGUGGCCUGGGAUCAUCGCUGGAGGACCCAGAGCAAGAUGAAGCAAGAGGAGACGGAGGCGAAGACGACAAAGAAAAGCAUCUUGGCACCGUUCGUUUCAAUGGGGGAACAACAAACCAAUUGUUCAAUCAGACAUGUAGACUUGUAGCCGGCGGCAGGCCUAACAGCGGACAGCGCCGGCACAAGCUCGUCCAGCCUGCCUGGCUCAAAGCUGGAAACAUGAAGGCGAUGCUGCGUGGUUUCCUGCUGGACAGCUUGCCAGUCACCGGAAGCCGGCGGAGGAGGCGGAGGGACGAGCUCCGGCUGCACUCGGCGCAGGCGCACGCUGCCGUGUCGGUGGCGCAGCUCGCUGCGGCGGUGGCGGGCAUCGUGUCGGCGUGCGACCUGAGGCCGGCGGCCUCGGCUAGCGCUGGCGACAGGAGGCUAGGCACGGUGCUCGCGUCCGCCGCGGCGCUGGUGGCCACCGUGUGCGCUGAGGCCGCGGAGAACUCCGGCGCCAACCGCGGCCGCGUCACGUCCGCCGUGAGGACCGGCCUCGAGAGCCGCUCCUCCGCCGACCUGCUCACCCUCACCGCUACCGCUGCCACAUGUUUGAGGGGAGCCGCGGCGCUGAAGCAAAGGGCAGCUGACCUCAGGGGAAUCAGCACCAGCACCAGCACCAGCACCAGCAGCAACGCCGCCAUGGCCAUGAGCGUCAGCGCUGGCAUCCAGAAGGGCACGACUCUCAGAGUCUGCCUGCCUUGUGGAAGUGUGCGUGUGAGGACGGUGUCCGUCUUCCCGCGGCGCGGCGACGGCGCAGCGGUGGUUCUGCGGCUGGGGAAGAAGCGCCUGCACGGCGCGUUCGCCACCUUCAAGGACUAUGUGGUCUCGGCGGUCGGAGACGGCGGCGGCGAGGCGGUGGUGGAAGGGCGGCCGGCGUUCCCGGUGGCGCUGAUCACGUCAGAGCAGGGGGUGACGGUGCAGCUGCUGUUCGAGCACCAGACGCACUGCAAGGUCUGGAAGGCCGCCAUCGAGGGCAUGCUGGCCGAAAGAAGAAGCUCAAGCGCGACAACCAACUGAACUGAUCAGUCUGAUUGGGCACACGCGCACACCGAUCUUCCCGCGCUUCUAUACUUCAUCGAGUAGAAUUGAGAAAUGUCUUGUUUUUGUUUUUCUAUCUUGUGUAAUCACGCCUGUACGUGUUUUGUAACAUGUUUGUAUGUAUGGGGGUGAAUCGGAGCUCAUAAAAGUGCUAUAAAAAACUGCUCUAGGGUUGAAGAGAA